UGUCAAUGGAUUGCAUCAAUGAUAAUUAAUUUUUGCGUGCUCCUAUUCAGUCCACCUUUCUGUAUGGAUUGAUAUCAGUUGGGUAGGAACUCUUGUUUGAACAGUUUGCACGCCACUUCUUUUCCUCUUACAAAAAGUGUUUUCAGUUUGUUGUUUCCUAGUGCUUAGCGUUCAUGUUUAGUAGAAUUUGUUUCACAAAACACCAACUUAAAAUGCCUUGCCCAUUUUUGACUCGCUUUGGACAAAAUUACGUAAAAACCUACGCUCCUCUCUUGGUAAAAACCUAUGGCAAUCAAUGUCCUGUUAUAUCUAGAGCCUUAACAAAUGAUACAAAACCAGAAUCUCAAGUGAAAGCAGACUCAUCAGAGACAAAUGUUGCACCUUGCCCUUUCUUGAAUAAAGUAAAGAACGUUGUUAAACCAACAAUUGACAAUGAUACCAUCGAGAUUAAAUCUGAUGAUUUAGGCAAAAGUGAAAGUAAACCUGUUUUCCCUUAUGAAACAUUUUUCCAUGACCAAAUAAUCAAAAAGAAAAGGGAACAUUCAUACAGGAUUUUCAAAAAAGUUAAUCGACUGGCAGGUCCUGGUCAGUUUCCUAAAGCAUUGGAAUAUACCUGGGGUGAAAAACCGAUAACAGUAUGGUGCUCUAACGACUACUUGGGAAUGUCUUGUCAUCCGGAAGUGAAAAAUGCAGUCAGUGAGGCUUUGGAUACUUAUGGUUCAGGAGCUGGAGGAACCCGUAAUAUCUCAGGAAACUCAACUCUUCAUGAAACAUUAGAGAAGAAGUUGGCUAAAUUACACCAAAAAGAUGCUGCCUUGUUAUUUACCUCUUGUUUUGUAGCCAAUGAUUCAACAUUAUACACUUUAGCCAAAUCGCUGCCUGGGUGUCACAUAUUUUCUGAUGCUGGUAAUCAUGCUUCUAUGAUUCAGGGUAUAAGAAAUAGCCAAGUACCUAAACAUAUUUUCAAGCACAAUAAUCCAGCACAUUUAGAAGAGCUUUUGAGUAAAGUGGACAAGGCUGUUCCUAAAAUAGUUGCAUUUGAAACGGUACAUUCCAUGACCGGAGCUGUUUGCCCACUUGAGGAACUCUGCGAUGUUGCACAUAAGUAUGGCGCAUUGACAUUUGUCGAUGAAGUACACGCUGUUGGAUUAUAUGGUGAACAUGGUGCUGGUAUCGGUGAAAGAGAUCAUCAAUUGCACAAAAUGGAUAUAAUAUCCGGCACAUUAGGAAAGGCUUUCGGAAACAUUGGAGGAUAUAUAGCAUCUUCAUCGUCCCUAAUCGACAUGAUAAGAUCUUACGCAGCAGGAUUCAUUUUUACAACCUCAUUACCCCCAACUGUCCUUGCCGGUGCAGCUAAAGCUGUAGAUGUUCUAGCGUCUGAGGAAGGUCGGGAAUUAAGGAAACGCCAUCAAAGUAACGUGAAAUACUUAAGGAACACUUUAUUACGUGAAGGAUUCCCUGUAGAACACACUCCAAGUCAUAUUAUACCUAUAAGGAUUGGAGAUCCGAGUAAAUGUAGUCUUAUCAGCGAUACUUUGAUGAAGGAGAAAUCGCAUUAUAUCCAAGCCAUCAACUAUCCGACAGUGGCUAGAGGAGAAGAAAAAUUAAGAUUGGCUCCUACACCAUUCCACAACAAAGAAUUGAUGGAUACUCUGGUUGCCGACAUGAAAGAUGUGUGGAAAAGUCUCGACAUCCCACUAAUUGGACGCAAUUGUGAUGCUGAGUGCAAGUUCUGUCACCAACCGAUUCUGUUCGAUUACUUUGAGGCCAGGACAAGAACUAAAAACUACAACACUUGCAAUAUACCAAACUGCCCACAAAUGAUGACCGCUGCAUAAUCAAAAAUUUUGGUGAUGUGUAUGUAAUUUAGGAAACUACAAAAUGGUGGAAUAGGCGCUAAACUGUUGAGAAGGUGUUUUAACAAUGUGUUCUUAGGUGUAGGAUGCACAUUCAGAAAGCAAAUUAUAAAAAAUAAAUAUAUGUAUACAAAUAAAUUAUAUGAAUGGCUUAAAA